AUGGACUCCAUGCAAAAUGAAACCGAUGAUUCUGAUCAUGAUCACCAAUUCUCAAUCAAACCCAAUUCAGCACAACCAAACACGGCCUAUAUUCCAAUAUCAGAUCCCGAUCUCAAUCAGAAUUUCAAAUUGCAUGCAUGUAUCAAACACCCAAUUGCUCAAAAUUCGAAUAUGCAUGACCACAAACGAGGCAGAAAACUCAACAACUGA